AUGUCGUGCUUUUCACCAUUUCGGGACGGCGCCCGACCGCUAGGGACCGCGGGCUCCAAGAACCAGGGCCGAGCUGGCCACGCUUCUGGCUUGCCGCGACGACGACACCAAGCCACCGCCGAGCCGGCCAUGACAGAGGACGACUACCUCUCGCGGCAGCCACCCACGGGAUACCUCGAGCACAAGCGUCUGGAGGUUGCCGCGCUUCAUCUACAUUCCUCGAGCCUCGACACGUGUGUGGUUGGGGCCGGGGUGCCUUACGGCUUGGGAGAGGGUGCCCUCCUUCUGCGGAUGUUCCGGGAGGCGUGGCGGGCUCGCGGCCUGCCGGUCGUCCUGCCGACGUGCACCGCAGGCGACAACCGGCUGGCGCUUAUUCACGUUGCGGACCUGAGCGUUGCCAUUGGAAAUCUUCUCCGGCCCAUUGAGUCCAACGGGCAACCCUGCCCUUUCCCUAAGCCGUACAUCCUGGCUGUGGAGGGGGAUGGAGCGCAGUGCACGGCCAAGGAGAUGGUUGUUGCCAUCGGGAGAGGCUUUGGUGGGAGCGGAGAGACCCAACCUAUGGGAGAAGCGAAGCUGGAGGAAGUUCUGGUCGAGAACCCGGAGGCUCUGUCUUUGCUGAUAAACAUCCGGUUUUCGAACGAAGGCGGCGUGCUCGCGGGCAUGGUAGCAGAUGGGAGGAUGAACCCUGUCACUUGGUCCACAGGAUUCACGGGCUCAGCGAAACUGUUGGCGGAAGAUUUUCUUGCAAGCAGAUCGCUUCAGCCGAUAAAGGCUGUUGUUCUCGGCCCUCCCGGAGGGAGACAAGGCCAUGUUUGUCAGGAGGUGAAGUUAGUCACCUCAAUCACCAAAAUCAGAGAGCAACCGUUGGUGUGCUUUUCCAUUCGUGCCCAACUCCGCUCCUCUGAAGGGACUGCCAAGGCAGAACCAUCGCCGGAAGCACAGGCGGACCUGGAGGCACUUCCUCCCAAGGAGCGUCUUCUGGCCGAUGUCCAGGCGGCUUUCGAGGCAGCCGACAUGCCCAUGUCCGAGUACAACGCCCUUGAUGCUGGCGGCUUGGCCCGUGUACUGUCGCCGUCUAUCAUCGCUAGGGCGGCCCGCCUUGUGCUGGAAGAAAAGAGAUUGCAAUGGACAUGCAGGCGAGUUGUCCUCGUCGUCGUCGUCGCCGUCGACGUCGUGGGAGACAGCGGGUACAUCCUGUGCGAUAUUCCUUCCCACGGAGACGUUGCACCCGAGAUCUUCGCGGAUCAACCGCUUGGACCAUCACCACCGCGACCAUCGCCAACGAGCCCAGCCGGAGAUUCAAGAGCAGGAGAAGGGGGAACCCCCGGCAGCCCGAAGUCACGGGGGGGAGGGGUGGAGGGGCGUGCUGGUAGUGGCAGUCCGCUAGCGGCCAUGGUUCUUACUUCUGACGCCCAGCCCGAAGCAGUUGUUGGAGGGUUUCGGCCUACGCACGUGGUGUACUUGGCCGCUUCUCUUAAUUACAUCGUGGCCCAGCAAGGGCGGGAGGUCGGAGCUGGCACGGGAACCGGUACAGGAGGAGGGAAGGAGGCCGAGGCGAAGCUCAGAGGUGAUAUCGAGCGCUUUUUCGCCCAAGAGCAGCAGGCCGAACAGCCCGAAACAACGGGUGGUGGUACCAUGCCGAUCGCCACCGCGUCGUCCCCGGGAGAGCAAAAGCGAACUGGUGACAAUGGGUCCAGCAACGCAACAGACAACGCCGGGGGGGGGACGGCGGGAACAGCAGACGAAAACGGCUACAGAGAAACCGGGGAGGAGCAAGGCUGGAUACCGGCCACAGCCAGGGCACUGCAGCAUCGCUUCUUGAUCAAAGCCCAGGCGGUGGACGUCGAGGCAGUGGAAAUAGACGGAGAUGUGUCCGGGGUGGUCGACGCGGUUCACGAUCACCUAUGCGGGGCAGAGACUCCCGGGUUUGUGUGGAUGCUUCGCGGGGAUAGUGUUGAUGUUGAUGUUGAUGUUGAAGCCGAGGAAGGGGAGCACGCUGAUCGUAACAUGACCCAGAAGAAGCGGGCGGACGGCGGAGAAGCCGAGGUUAACGGCGAGAAAGAAGCCAACGCUGCAGACGGCGACGUCGACACCGACACAACACGGAGCGCAGAGCCCGCAGCGGCAAGGAACGACAGCAACCCUGAAUGGUGCGACGAUCUCAACCUCUCGGAAGUUUUAGCAAAGCUGACGGCCAGAGACGCCAAAGAAGUGGAAACGAGGACAAGACGGCACCGGAACUUCCUUACGGAAGGGGUGGUACCGCAGGUCGCCGCGGGGCUCGUGGCGGCCGCGGAGGCUCAGCCGGAAAACGUGUUCGAGUUCUUGGCAAAUUACCUCAUCAGGUCAGUUAUUGCUAGGGGCGUGGUCGUCUGA